AGGGCGUGGCUUUGACCCCGCCCAUUUGCGCGUCCCCGGCAGUUUCGUGCAAGCCUAGAAGAGUGGCGCGAGGGCGUACAUGUGCCAGGUUAGCUUGUCAUUGUGCACCGACGAAGGAGCGCGUGGUCAGCCACACUGUUGGGAAGGUGCAUGUUGAAGUUGUGAACCUCUGAGCCCAAACAUGGAUCCUGAAAAUAACGGUGAGGUUUCAGCCGUGUUGGAGAGUCCGCAGCAGCAGGAAGAGGGGACGGCUGUGGCAGCAGCGGAAGAAAAAGAGGUGAAGGUUUCCACAGGACCUGAGAAUCCAGUAGCUGCAGACGAAGAGGAGCAGGUGGUGAACGGUGGCGGCCAUGACGAAGCACAUGCUGUUGCGGUGACAGGAACUGUGUCUCAGGAGAGGGUGGAAACGGAGGGUGAGGACAGCUCUCCCCAGCCUGAAGCCAAGAUGGUGCCGGAAGAACCGAUUGCAGCGCCAGAGAAGAACCCAGAGCCUGACCCUGAUCCAGAUGAUUUGCCAGAAUUGAUUCCAGAAGCUGACGUACCGGAGAAAGCAACGCAGGGAGUGACUGCACAUGAGCCACAAGCCGAACCACAGCCUCCCAGCCCGCAGGAGAAGACUCCAGAACAAGUGAAGGCAGUAAUCGAUGCUGUGGCAGAAGUAGUUAGCAAGGAGGUUCCGCCAGAGGAUCGUGGUGAGCCCGGAAAGGAAGAGAAAGGCAAGACAACGGAAGCCUCUGCUGAAAAAAUGGCUCAAGUUGUGGUGCAGGAGGAGAAAUCUGCUGAAGCAGCGCCACCUGCAGAGCCCCAGAAGGAAACUGAGCCAGAAAAAAGUGCUGAGUCAGUCGUUUCAAAAGCAGCUGAGUCGAGCGACGCUGUGCCUGAAAACGAGGCGCCGCCCCCCGCUGCUGGAUCCAUGUCGUUUGCCCUCCUGGAACACGAGAAGACCAAAGAUGCUCUGCAGAACUCUCGCACCCUCGUUGUCCUCAGAGGCCUCCCCGGAAGCGGGAAGAGCUUCCUGGCCCGAGCCCUGGAGGACGCCUACAAGGACCGCUGCUCCAUCCUCUGCGCAGACAACUAUGGCGUGAAACCGGAGAACCAGGACUCCAGUGCGGAGGGACACAAGGCUCUGGAUGAAGCCGUGGUGGCCUGCUGCGCCAAUUCCUCGGUGUUCAUCGUGGUGGAUGACACCAACCACACCCAGGACCGACUGGCCCGCCUGGGCGAGCUGGCCAGGGAGCACCAUUUGGUCGUUGUCUUCCUGGAGCCGUGCACGGAGUGGAGCAGAGACGCCACCCGGCUCGCCAAGAUGACCGGACGCAAACUCAAGCUGGCACAAAUUACGUCCAUGAAGCGCCAGCUGGAGGAAGUGGCCCUUCCUCUCUACUUUGGCUGGUUUCUGCUGCCUCCUGUGCAGGAUCAGCUCAGGUCCACAAACAUGGGCUUCCUGAAAGCACUGGAAAACCUGGACGCAUUCAAGAAACAAAUUGCGGACUUCUCUGAGAAUGAAAACAAGGAGGUGGAUCUGACGCAGUACUUCAAAGCCAAAGGAAGCCUCCAUUGUACCACCAAAUUCUGUAAUUAUGGCAAGGCAACCGGCGCCAAAGAAUAUGCAGAGAAACCAGCUGUAGCAAAAUUAUAUGGUUCUGUCUUCGAGCUAUCCCUGACCGCCCUCUUCGUCACGCCUCGCACCGCCGGCGCCCGAGUGAGCCUCACAGAGGAGCAGCUUCAGCUGUGGCCAUCCGAUGCCGAAAAAGAGGCGGAGUCCUCCGUUCCCGCCGCCGCCUCCUUGCCCGCGGGGAGCCGUGCCCACAUCACCCUCGGCUGCGCGAAGGGUGUCGAGCCGGUGCGAACGGGUCUGGAUCUGCUGGAGAUCCUGGCCUUGCAGCAGGAAGGCCAGCAGGGGGACCUGGUCGAAGACAUGGAUCUGGGCCCGCUGCGCUACUACGGCAAAGGGAGGUGGAUGCUGGAGCUCAAGGAGCCCAUGUGUGUGCUGGCGUUGUUCUCCAGCUUCUACAAGCGUGAGGGGCCCGAAAGCGUGCAGAGCAAAAAAGAAUCCAAGAAGAAGUGCACCAUCUUGUAAAUGGCAGCCAAGAGGAGGAUGGCUGGUUAAUUCAGACCUAGGUUUUCUGUUUAGUGCAGUGUUAAGAUGUUCACAAAUAGCUACCCACAAUCUUCAAGAUGUGUGCCUUUUUUUUUGUUUGCACCAGCACCCAAAAUGCCUUCUGUCUAGUUAGCAUAUGCCGACACAUAUCAGUGGCAGUUUCAGGACCUGUUUUGGGCUAGCCUCCUGGCUAAUACAGCUACACCCAUUCCAUGCAUUACUGCUUCCCCAGCUGUGUCAAACCAUAGCAUGCAUCCCCAGGUAGGACUUCCAUCGUGUUAUUCCAUUGCUUUAAGUAGCUCACUUCACAUGUUGCCUUUUUGUCCUACAGUAGUUCAACAGACUAGCUGUCAUUUUCCUGCAGUACUGGCAGGCUAGAAAGUGAUUGUUACCAUAGCAAAAGGGCCAAAGCUAUCUGUUGACGUGUAUUAGAGUGAAUGCAUUAGAGAGCCUUCCUUGACACUUUGCACUGUGCAUUGUUUGAAAGGGAGAUUGAUGAAUUUGGCUUUUUUUUUUUCUUUCAGACGCUUGCACUUAAGAAUGCUGUGAAUCCAAAUCUUGUCAUCUUUUGCAAGCUUUGUGCUCUGCAAGACUGUGCAGCGUUGCUCUAUUUAGCCACUUUGAACAACGCUUCAUGAAUUUCCAUUUCAAGUUUGCAACUUCUGGCUUGGUCUAGAAGCACCAAGUUGUACUUUAUGUAGCUCUUAUGAAUCACUAUUUUUUGCACUUGUUUUGUACACUUAAUUAAAAAAAAAAUAACAUGAUGCUCCA